UUAUUAUUAUGUGCUGAACAACAAAUACAAUACAACCCUCUUUUCUCUUCUUACACACAACACAAUAAUCGAAUCAACCAAACACAUUUUGGGAUUUUGAUUUUCUUCCAUGGCACUCUCGCGUCUUCGUCAACCCAUCAUCUCUCAUUCUCUUCGUAUCCUCACUUCUUCCACCAGAUCCAUUUCGAGAACUCCUAAUUCAAGGAUUUAUUCUGUCGUUGGUAAUGGGAAUCUAAGGCCUGCAUCUUGGUCUGGGCUUACUGGAGUUCGUGAUAGACCUUUGAAGUCAAAGUGGAUUGAUGUCAAAUUCUUCUCAUCUUCAGAUUUUCCGCACGAAGUCCUUGGGAUGCCAGCUUUAUCUCCUACAAUGACCCAAGGUAAUAUUGCAAAAUGGAGGAAAAAAGAAGGGGAUAAGAUAGCAGUGGGUGAUAUACUAUGUGAAAUUGAAACUGACAAAGCUACACUUGAAUUUGAAAGUCUUGAAGAAGGAUUUCUGGCAAAGAUAUUGGUACCUGAAGGUUCAAAGGAUGUGCCAGUUGGACAACCAAUUGCAGUAACAGUUGAGGAUGAAAGCGACAUUCAAAAUGUUUCUGCUGCUUCCGUGGGGGGUGAGAGCGGAGUUGAAGAGAAGAAACCAACACAUCAGGAUGUCGCAGAUGAGGAGAGUAAACCAGAAUCAACUUCUACAAUUGAUACAUCAGAUCUUCCACCUCACGCCGUUCUUGGAAUGCCUGCUUUGUCCCCAACAAUGAACCAAGGAAACAUUGCUAAGUGGAAUAAAAAGGAAGGAGACAAGAUUGAAGUUGGUGACAUAUUAUGCGAGAUAGAGACAGACAAAGCUACCCUUGAAUUUGAAAGUCUCGAAGAGGGGUACCUUGCUAAGAUAGUUGCACCAGAAGGUUCAAAAGAAGUGGCAGUUGGACAGCCUAUUGCAAUAACAGUUGAAGAUGCAGGUGAUAUUGAAGCUGUAAAGAAUUCUAUUAGCAGCAGCUCAGUUAACCAAAAGGAGAAGGCCACCCAACAGGGCACUAAAAGUGAGGUCAAAACUCAAAAAAACAAUACCUCACGAAUCAGUCCAGCUGCGAAGUUGCUAAUUUUGGAAUAUGGAUUGGAUGCAUCAACAUUGAAUGCAACUGGUCCCCAUGGCACCCUACUGAAAGGCGAUGUUCUUUCUGCAAUUAAAUCAGGAAAAUUGUCUCCAAAACCUGCUUCAUCUAAAGCAAAGGCAUCGUCAUCAUCUCAGAGUCAUCAAGUUGCGGCUUCACAAGAGUCAAAGUCUAACUUAAAGCAAUCAGAUGCUUAUGAAGAUUUUCCUAAUAGUCAAAUUCGCAAGGUGAUUGCCAAGAGGUUAUUGGAAUCAAAACAAAAUACGCCACACUUAUAUUUAUCAUCAGAUGUUACACUGGAUCCACUUCUUUCCCUUAGAAAGGAUCUUAAAGAGCAGUAUGACGUUAAAGUUUCAGUGAAUGACAUUAUUAUCAAAGUUGUAGCGGCCGCUCUCAGAAAUGUACCAGAAGCGAACGCUUACUGGAAUGAAGAGAAAGGCGAGGCCAUCUUAUGUGAUUCUGUUGACAUAUCAAUAGCAGUUGCCACUGAGAAGGGCUUGAUGACUCCAAUAUUAAAAAAUGCCGAUCACAAGACAAUAUCUGCCAUCUCCUCAGAGGUCAAGGAACUUGCUGCAAAAGCACGUGAAGGCAAGUUGAAGCCGCAAGAAUUCCAAGGGGGCACUUUUAGUAUUUCAAACUUGGGAAUGUAUCCCGUGGAUAAAUUCUGUGCUAUUAUAAAUCCCCCACAGGCUUGCAUUCUUGCCGUAGGGAGAGGCAUCAAAGUUGUGGAACCAGUAAUCGGAGCUGAUGGUAUAAAUUUUAUUGAUGUUUCUCUAUACCAUUUAUGCUUAAACUUAAGUUGUUUUGAUAUUGAUUUUUCUUUGCUACUAGGAAUUGAGAAGCCGUCAGUUGCUACCAAGUUGAACUUAACAUUGUCUGCCGAUCAUCGCGUCUUUGAUGGCAAAGUAGGAGGUGCAUUUCUCUCUGCUUUGCAGUCAAACUUCAGUGAUAUAAGACGACUUCUUUUAUAAUGACACAACAAACUUUCUUAGUGUUUGAUUAGUGUGAUUCUCAUGACAAAUCAUGUGGAUUAACCACAACAUGGCUUCGAGUUGCAUAACAAUCAUUUUUGUCCUACUUAUAUCUUCGCGGAAACAGUUUUCGACUGUUGUACAUUUAUCGGUUUUUGUAAAAUAAUAUCUUGGGUGUCAUAACCCAUCAUAUCUUGAGGAAAUACCCACCAAGGUACUGUCUAACAUUAGGCUUCCAACAAAUGAGAUUCCAACAAUUGAGAUUAUGUUGGUAAUUUUCUUCAUUUGGCAAUUUGCUGCCCUCUGAUGAUUAAUAAUUUUUUAUGAACAAUUUUGUAUAGACUGAAUAAAUAUCAACAUUAUUUUGAUGAAUAAAACUUCCAUUCAUGUGUAGCAUGCCUUACCUAAGGUGAUGCUACUAUUUGCCAGUUAUUGGUGUUUCAAUGUUCAGUUUUUGUACCAGGAUUAGGGAUUUUUUUU